ACAUAUCUCCAUGUCCGUUGUAUCUGUCUUUCUGGUCGGAGACCCGUUUCUGCUGAGACGAAGAUAGAACGGGGGAGUCAAUGGGUCCGGUUGGGUUGCCGCGGGCGGAGUCGUCUGUCGUCGCCGCCGGCGGGCUCGGUUUGCCCUCCCCCCCAGUCCCUUCCUCAGUUCCCUCCAUCCCUCUUCGCGCGGCACCGAGACUGAUGGAGCGGGCGAUUGCAGAGGCGGCGGUGUAAGGGAGUGCUGGAUCCACAUGUCGACGUCGUGAGAUUCUGCGGCGACCGAAUCCAAAGCGUCUGCACUGGCUCCCCCUUUCUGUGCAACGCAUUACAUCCCCACGGUGUUCGACAACUUCAGCGCUAAUGUCUUCGUGGACGGCAACAUCGUCAACCUGGGCCUAUGGGACACCGCUGUGUUCUGUUCUUUCGUUCAGGGCAAGGAGACUAUAGCAGGCUGACAUAUUCGUGCUGGUCUUCUCCCUCAACAACAGCGCAAGCUACGAGAAUGUUCUUAAGAAGUGGAUGCCGCAGAGCUUUGCUGAUUUGCCCCGAAUGUUCUGAUUGUUUCUUUGAAUGGAGAAGCCCACUCUCAGUUUCAUUUUAGAUUACCCCCUCCCAAUUAAGACCCAUGAGCGUGACAGGGCCAGGACGCGCAGGACCGCUACCUGACGCCUAGCACAUAGCAUCGACACCGCAGCAAUGAACUCUCCAGGGAAACCAUCAGAAGAAUUAAACUAUUGGUGUAGGAGAAAUCUCAGCUCGGUUUCUGCUAAACAGAUACCUCUUAUAGAGGUGAACAUUCCAUUGGUGAUGGCACCACCUUCCCCAUUCAUGUUGAUUUCGCUAACUAUCAUCCAGUGGAGUUGCUUAACAGUGGUCAAGUCAAUGGCGAGCAGGCAUGGCAAGUCACAUCACUGGAUGUUCCUUGAUAACUUCCUGUAUCAUCUGGUGGAAAAAAGAGAGACAGCGAUAGAAAUGAGCAAGCUCCGUCUUGUUAAUCUCGACAUCGAUUGCGUGACAAAACUGGAUCAUCACCUUUUCAUCUAUGUUUACUACCAGGGCAAACAGGAAGAAUCUGUUAUAUCGGGUCAUGCGGUAAAGCGCACGCGGGGAGAAUGGGGGGGCCUCAAUGGCGCCUUGGGGACGGGAAACCAGGUGGGUGCAGACAUAGAGGAAGGAGCGGGACGGAAACUACGAGCAAGAGAACGCAAAGAGAGUUGCGGCCAAGUGGAGGAGGAGGAGGAGGAGGAGUGUCUUGCGGUAAAGCGCACGCGGGGAGAUGGGGGAGGCAUCAAUGUUGCCACAGGGGCGUGGAGAGGGCAGGCGGGCGCAGACACAGACAAAGGCCAUGAAACGAAACCAGGAGCAGGAGAACAGAAAAGGAGCUGCGGCCAAGAGGGCGAAGUGGAGGAGGAGAAGGAGGUGAGUGGCCCUGGAGGAAGCAGCAUAACGGUAAAACAUACGCCGGUAGAUGGGGGAGACCUCCACAUCAGUGACACCCUUAGAACUAAGAACUUGCAAGGUGCAGGGGCAGGCCGAGAACCUGGAAAGCAACCAUCAAUGGAACAUCAAAAGAGCUACGGCCAAGAGGACGAAGAAGAGAAAGAGGAGGUUGGCCCACUGAGCAAGGAGGGAUCUUGCUGGAAAGAAGAUAAAGUAAAGUUGGUAAAUGAAGUGGGAGCAAAGAAACUGUUCAAGUCCAUAGUCAAGGAGGUGAGUGGCCCUGGAGGAAGCAGCAUAACGGUAAAACAUACGCCGGUAGAUGGGGGAGACCUCCACAUCAGUGACACCCUUAGAACUAAGAACUUGCAAGGUGCAGGGGCAGGCCGAGAACCUGGAAAGCAACCAUCAAUGGAACAUCAAAAGAGCUACGGCCAAGAGGACGAAGAAGAGAAAGAGGAGGUUGGUCUACUGAGCAAGGAGGUAGAAAAGAAACCGUUCAAGUCCAUAGUCAAGAAUGCUACCAGUGAGCAACCUGGAGGGAAACUAUUGCUAUCUCGGUAUCAUCAAGGCCUUGGAGCCUGCCUGGAGCAAAUAAGACUAAAUGAAUCUCUAGAAAAUCUGGUUCCUGCACUCAGAAGUGCAAUGAAGUAUUCAAGAAGAAGAGCUACAAUAAUGAAUCUUCCAAAGCCAUGGGUAGAGAAAAUCUUGGAGAAUCUGAUGUAUCCAGACUUGUGUCGAGCUGUUUCAUCAUCCUAUUUUUUCCUAAGAGUGAGCAUGUCGCCAUGCCAUUGUGGCGCCUUUAUCAAACAUAGCUCAUUCCUCGCAGCAAUUGUUCAGCCCACUGCCCUCGUGUUAUUGUCGCCUCAAGGAUGUCUCGCCGACUGUUGGAACCCGCAAGCCGAAUGCUGCAGAGGUAUAUUGCCGUGGCCUACAGGAGCCGUAGAUGGUACAAAAUCCUGGACUGCAGAAAAGGCAUAUUCUUGUAUCGAGGCAUUCAACAUCAGUGCAACUUGAUGUGAUGAGGCCAUUUCAUACAAUGGUGGCUCAAACACUCCCCGCAGUUUCACUAUCAGAUCAGGAGACGUUGAUUGCUGCUGUAAUACUUCCCUGGGAGGAGCACUUUUCUGUCAUCAUGAUUUCCGGAUCUAUUGACUCAGUAACCUGGAGAAUAUUCCGCUCAGAUGAAGGUUUCUGGAUACAAAGGCGUGCUAGUUGCUCUAUAGACACAUCAAAUCUUUCAUCAUUGAGAUCCCAUGCAGUCUUUGCAUCUGAUAGCUUGUACCUAGUUGAUGCCCACAACAAAAGGAUUUUGCAUUUCAGCACUGACAAAAAUGUGUUAGGUACGGUUCCUUUGCCUCCAGCAUGUCCCAGUAAACUUACUGUGAAGAAUAACAUCCUUGGAAGAACAAGAUGCGGCAACGUUUGCUGGGCAAUUCUGGACCGAACGCACAUAUCUAUAUUCAUGUUGGAUGGUAAUCAUUGGACAAGAAGAUGGAAAUGGUUGCUACCAGAAAAGCUAUACAGUUGUUGCUUAGUUGGAUUCGCCGAACAGAGCGGACUCCUGAUGAUUGAGUGUUUCGUUAUAAUUGGCUGCCUCAACAUGGAGACCGGAGAAGUGACGUACCUUGAAGAAACUAUAUCUACGCUCGAUUGUCUGUGCUUUGAGAUGGAACAUAGUCUAGCUGAUCAUAGUCAUUAGUUCUGAAUUCUGAUAAAUGCAUGAGCAAAUGAAGCCCCAGUUUUGUUGUUUCAUAACAAAAAAAUUUGACGAAUUUAUUGCCAAGAGGAUAGACUAUUGAUAUAUACUCUGCAAUGAAUAGUUGAUUCAAGUACUCAAUCCA